AUGCAGAAAAGAGAAGCUUCUCCGAUAGUGAAUAAAUAAGAAUCACCCGAAGCUAAAUAGACACUCUAACAGCAUAAGAAUUUUAAGACUGUGGGUGCGUACACUAUAGACUUUAGCAAAUUUCUGGGUAGUGGGAAAUAUGGCAAGGUAUACAACGCCUUUCACGAGAAAGAAUACAAGAAUGGGAAGAGAUAUGCUUGUAAAGUUAUUGAACUAGGAUUACCAUAAGUCUCAGAGGCUCAAGAAUAACCUGUAAGCGAUGAUACUAUUGAGCAAAAAAAACUAAAAGAACAAGUCAAACUGAAAAAGCUCAAAGAUGCUGAGAAUCAAUACCUCAAAAAGUAGUUCUCUCUUGAAGUGGAUACUCUUCAAAUGGUUAACUCAAAUCAUGUGAUUAAAGUUAUCAAGGCCUAUAAAUCUACAUCUAGACAUUACCUCAUUACCGAGCUAUGUAAUGCUGGCGAUUUGAGCUCUUUAGUUAGAUCUAGGUCUAGACUGUAUGAGGAUGAGGCUAUUAUCAUUCUAAGGCAGCUAGUCCAGGGUCUGCUAGAUAUUGCUUCAUCCAGUAUCAUUCAUAGGGAUUUGAAACUUGCAAAUAUUUUACUGCAUUUCCCUGAAAGAGAUUUAUUGACUUUGAAAAAAGAGGAAAGAAUUGCUUUUAUUAAAAAUGUAAAUCUUCGAGAAGAAAAAUUUGAAGUCAAGAUAUCAGAUUUCGGGUUUGCAAAAAUAACCAACCCACUUGAUUAAAAAUCUAAUUUUAGAGACAAUACAAUAUGUGGCACUCCAGCCUACAUGUCUCCAGAUUAAAUAAUUGAUAAGAAUACAAAUUAUACUGAGAAAUUUGACAUCUGGUCCCUGGGUGCUAUAUACUAUGAAUUACUUGUAGGUAACCCGCCAUUCACAGACAAAACACGACAAAAUUUUGAAAGAAAACUUAUUGAGGGUAAUUAUGAAUUUCCAUCGAAUAAUAUUAUCUCUGCUGAAGGUAUGCAGUUCAUCUCCCGAUGCCUUCAGUACAAAGAGGACCAUAGAGCCUCAAUCAUCGAAUUAUCUGAUAGUUAAUAUAUACUAUAAGCCUAAAAAUUCUUAAUCGAAAGACCCUAGAAGCUGCCUGAUAUUUCUCCAUUCGGGAUCACAUCAAUGUCUACAGAAGUCACCUUCAAUUCUGGAAUGUUGAGAGUUAGAGAAAGGGGAUCAUAAGUUGAGGAAUAAAAGGGCAAGUAUAAUAGAUAAGAAAGCAGAACUAGGAAUUAGUCGGAUAACAUGAGAAGGUAGCGUGUCAUCUUGAAUUCAAGAAAGCAGUAUACUAUUAAAGAGAUUCAGUCUAAACUAUUUAGACAGAUUUCUUCGAUGAGGCUUACAGCUACUGAAGACCCUUAUUCUAUUAAGAAGGCAGGUAGUUUUGGAAACAACUCCAAAUUUAUGAAAGCAAUCAAUAAUAUUACUGCAAAACACCUGACUCAGAGAGCCUAGUAAUAAAAGUUCAAUCAAAUAUUAUUCGAUAGCAACAUCUAGGCUAGCAACCUCAUAGAGAAGGCUAAUAAUUAUGAUACCACUCUUAAAAAGUUGAUUAUCGAUAAUUACUUCAAGUGA